AUGGCGGCUCUCCUCAAAUGGGCAAGAAAUCUGACACGACCGCCAUUAAGACCCCUCCGGUUUCCGUCAGCGGGCUUCGAGCUCGUCCCAACGGACCACAUCCUGGAGGAAGAGCAGUUCGAUGAGUUCAAAGCGGGACAAUACUUCCCGGUGAGAAUCGGGGAUGUAUACGACUCCAAGUACCAGGUGCUGGGCAAGCUGGGGUUUGGCACCACAUCUACCGUGUGGCUCGCCCGCAACCUGCAAGACCACGGGCAUGUAGCGCUCAAGGUCUACACGCGAGACGCUCCCCAUUCUCGAGAAGUCGAGACCUACCGCUCCGUCAGCCGCGCCAACCCGUCACACCCAGGCUUCCGCCACGUGCGGAAGGCCCUGGGCAGCUUCGUGCUCCAUUACCCCCGAGGCGACCACACCUGUCUUGUCCUAGAGCCGCUGUGGGACAGCUGGAAGGACCUCGCCCGGCGAAACCCAGCCAACCGGUUCACCGAACCGCUGCUGAAGGCCGGCUUACGGGAGGUGUUCCUCGCGCUCGACUACCUUCACACGGAGUGCAGGUUCUGUGCCACAGACAUCAAAGCCGACAACAUCCUCCAAGAGAUCAGGGACAAGGGCAUCCUCCAUGCCUUCACCCAGGCCGAGCUGGAACAGCCAAGCCCUCGCAAAUUUGUAGAUGGCAGGCCGAUUUACCUGUCUCGGCGGUUCAACCUACCCAAGAAGUUCGGUGAAGUCGUACUGAGCGACUUCGGCGCGGCGGUUCGCGGCGACCAGAAGCGGAACCACGACGCGCAGCCGAACGUCUACCACUCGCCGGAGGUGAUGCUGAAGGUGGACUGGAGCUACCCAGUGGAUAUCUGGAACAUUGGGGUCAUGUCCGCUAACCCGCGCCGCCCUGCCCUGCAUCAGAUCUGGGACGUCUUCGAAGGGCGACACCUCUUCUACGGCGACGACCCGAACGGCAAGGGGUACUCCACCCGCGCCCACCUCGCCGAGGUGAUCGGGAUGCUUGGGCCCCCUCCAAUAGACCUGCUCCAGCGAGGCGUGAGAAGCAAGGAAUUCUUCACCGAAGACGGACAAUGGACGGCGGACAUUCCCAUUCCGGAAAACACCAGCCUUGAGGCGGCCGAGGCGCACCUGGAGGGCGAGAACAAGGCCGCGUUCCUCUCGUUCGUGAGGGGAAUGCUCCAGUGGCGGCUGGAAGAUAGGAAGACGGCGAAGGAACUGCUCCAGGAUCCGUGGCUCAAUAGCAAGUGA